CAACUUCAAUUUACUCCGUGAUAGUAAUAGACACUCCUUCUCAGUGUUCAAUAAUGUUCUCCGCAAGAUCUAGCUCUAGAAUCUGCCAGGUAUUCCGCCACCAUAGACCAGCCCGCCUUUUUUCUGCGAAAACAAGCUUUGCCGGAGACCAUGUUCGGAUCGUCGAAGUCGGUCCCCGGGAUGGGUUACAGAAUGAGAAGAAAGCAAUCCCUUUAAACACAAAAUUGGACCUCAUCGAAAGAUUAGCGAAGACGGGAUUGACCACGAUUGAGGCCGGCUCGUUUGUUCCAGAGAAGUGGGUGCCACAGAUGGCUAGUACCCCUGAAAUCCUAUCAUAUCUUCUCAAAACGCCUCCCAAAUCAUCUCACUCUAUCGCAUAUAACUACCUAGUUCCCAAUAUCAAGGGGCUCCAAAAUCUAGUUAACAUAAUGGAAAAUGACAGUCCACCAGCAUCUGAAUCUUCCGACUCCAACGCGCUUCCAAAGCCCACCACUGAGAUUUCCUUGUUUGCCGCUGCUACAGAAGCAUUCUCGAAAGCGAACACUAACUGCACUAUUGAAGAGUCCCUUGAACGCAUUCGGCCCAUAGUAGCUCUUGCGAAGGAGAAAAAUAUUCGUGUGCGCGGAUAUGUAUCCGUCGCGCUUGGAUGCCCUUAUGAAGGUCCUGAUGUCUCUCCUCACAAGGUUGCUGAAAUAACAGCUACUCUGCUCGAAAUGGGCGCAGACGAGGUUUCCGUCGCUGACACUACGGGAAUGGGCACUGCACCUCGGACAUUAAAAUUGUUACAAACCCUUACCUCCGCUGGCAUUGCCAAUACGGAUCUCGCCCUCCAUUUCCACGACACGUAUGGCCAAGCGCUCGUAAACACCAUUGUGGGCCUAGAACAUGGUAUCCGCAUUUUCGACAGCAGCGUGGGUGGGCUUGGAGGCUGUCCUUACUCGAAGGGGGCUACUGGAAAUGUGUCCACGGAGGAUCUCAUUCACACUCUCCACAGUCUCGGAAUGCGGACGGGAGUCAACCUGGAGGAAAUUUCGAAGAUUGGCGCCUGGAUUAGUAACGAACUAGGCAGCAAUUUCAUUUGUUACCUACGGCGCCGUGGCUGUAUGCAAAUUAGACACUCUUGGAGCUAUGAACAGACUAAUAAAGAGAAACAGAGGAAAUCGUAUAUUGUACAUGAAUUUUUAAGACACGGAUCUCAAUCAGUUCCCAUAUCCUUAGAACAUACCUCGAGAUUCGAUCGUGAAAAUAGAGUACGAGGGAAAGGGUCUCACCACGUCGUGGACCCGCGGAGGAUAUCGCAUGUUCAAAAAUCCGUAACCCUCCCGUUAAAACUCCAAUCUCCGCGCGCACCCCAUUUCAACGGCUCGUUCUUCGGACCGCCAACCUCACCGGUCUUGGGGUUUGUCUCCCCUUCAAACUCCGGUUUUGCCCCACGGAAGAGAUCUGGAUGCAGCUCCUCGCCGGUACCGGUAGCCUCGAUUCCUGGACUGACUGUGGAUGAAUCUCUCGACUGGGGAGACUGGUUGAUUUCCAGAAGCGUUCGAGGGGUGCUGAAGGCGCCAGUUGAUUGUUUUUGGAGGUUCUCGAAGAUCUCUUGUUCUUCUUUAGGGAGUCUGGGUGGAGAGGGCGCAUUUCCGAAUUGGCUGUUAGCAUUAUUAUCGCCUUUGGCUUGUACAGUGGUUGAGAAGAGUGAGAUCAUACUAGUAUUCUGCUACGGCGGUAAGAAGCUUUUUAUGCCGACUUCGCGGGCCGAGGUGGAGCUCGGCGGAAUAUCUUUGAUCCUAUCAGAUAAGAUCUUCGUUUUCCCCCGAAGAAUUUAUUUAUUUGUCUGGGUGUAUUCCGCAACUCCUCUCUCACAGCCACCACCAAUCGACCUUCAACCUGCGUCGGGUUGGCACCUAGAGUUGGACUGUGGAAAUAUCCGCAUUGCUCAACUUGGUAAUAUGGCCCUCCGCUCCGCUGCACGCGGCAUCCGGCCAUGGGCUCGAUCGCCGCGAUCAUUUGCGGACCCUGAGUCACACCAUCAAUUGAGGUAUGCGUCGGCGAGGUCAGGGACGGGGACGGCCCAGAGUACGAACCAAACUGCGCAUCAAAUUGAUCCAACGCUGGACUCUCCCUCCGCAGCUUUCGUAGCACAGCGAGCCCCUUUCAUGGUCCCAACCUAUGUGCGACCACCUCCCGUAAUAGACUCAGGUAAAGGGUGUUAUCUAUGGGACAUCGAGCAACGAAAAUAUCUAGACUUUACAGCUGGUAUUGCCGUUACGUCUCUAGGCCAUUCUGACCCCGGAGUGGCCGAGAUCGUAUCACAACAAUCCAGGAUGUUGAUCCAUUCAUCCAAUCUUUUCCACAACAAAUGGACGGGCACCCUCAGCCAGCUCCUUGUCACCUACACCGUUGAGUCUGGCGCCAUGCGUGGCGCGAAGCAAGCAUUCAUCUGCAACUCCGGCACUGAAGCAAACGAAGCAGCCAUCAAAUUUGCCCGGAAGGUCGGUCACAGCCUCGACCCUUCCGGUGCCAAACACGAGUUCGUCUCUUUCUUCAAUUCCUUCCACGGCCGCACCUACGGCGCUCUAUCCGCCACCCCAAACCCCAAAUACCAAGCCCCUUUCGCGCCCAUGGUCCCCGGCUUCAAGUACGGCACAUACAACGACAUCGCCCAACUCCAAACCCUCAUAACCGAGAAAACCUGCGGUGUCAUCGUCGAGCCUAUCCAGGGUGAAGGCGGUGUGCACACCGCGACACCCGAAUUCCUCAGCGCCCUUCGUGCACGCUGCGACGAAGUCGGCGCCGUCCUCAUCUUCGAUGAAAUCCAGUGCGGCCUUUCCCGCACCGGCUCCCUUUGGGCGCACGCUCACCCUACCCUUGAACCAAAGGAUGACUCACCCGCCGCCCAUCCGGAUAUCCUCACUACUGCCAAGGCGCUCGGCAACGGCAUCCCCAUCGGUGCCACCAUCGUCUCCGAUAAAGUCAGCCAGCACAUCAAAGUAGGCGACCACGGCACAACGUUCGGCGGGAACCCGUUGGCCUGUCGCAUAGGACAGCACGUGCUCACCCGCCUGGCGUCGAGCGCCUUGCAGUCUUCCGUGCGCUCGCGCUCCACGACGUUCCGGUCAGGACUCGAGCAGUUGCGGAAACGAUUUCCAGAUGCUGUUGAGGAUAUUCGUGGGUGCGGGUUGUUGCUGGGGUUGCAGCUUACAGAGCAAUAUAAGGGAAUUGUAGGAGAUAUCACGACUGAGGCUAGGGAGAGGGGAUUACUUGUCAUUACGGCUGGUGACGGAUGUUUGAGAUUUGUGCCGCCGCUGAUUAUCACGGAUGAGGAAAUUAGGGAAGGGUUGUCUAUCUUGGGAGAAGCGAUGGAGCAUGUAUUUGCCCGGGCUGCUUGAAGGGGGUGGUUUCUUUUUUCAUUUUUCGGGAUACACAAGAAGGAUUCUUCUAUUUGUUUUGUUUUAAAACUAUAGAUACACUUUGGGCUAGUUAUUUUUUUAAUAUUCUCUCCCUUUCUC